UUUAUAUGUUUUGUCAACAAAUGAUGUGUUUUUUGUAUUGGAUUUUACAUUCAAAAAGUAAACAAUAGUUUGCAGUAAAUUAGUAUUAAUCGCAACAUUUUUUUGUGACCAAUUGUCCCGACAGUCAAUAUGCCCUUAAACGUCAACCCAAGUGAUACACCCGACGAUGACAGUCAUCUGUCCACUGCCGAAGUACCCGUACAUCAUAUGGUUGACAGUGACUUUAGCUCAGAUGACGAGUCCGACGACGACGACCCGAACGACCGAUUUUAUGAGUUAUUGCCGACAACGGAUGUGGCCAACAAUGUUACCGAAGAUAGUAGUAGUGGUGAUGGACAACCGGGCAACUAUUAUCAGCACAAUUAUGUAGUUGAAUGGGUUGACUGGGAUCAGUACGAGCAAAGUCAGCAAAGACAACAACAGCCACAACAAUCCAUAAGUGAUAAUCCAAUUGAUGGUCAAUCUAGUGAUGAAACACCGAUCGGUAUUGACGUUUCCAUAGCGGACACGAGUCCAGUAACCAGUGAACCAUCACUUAGUCGACCAAUUAAUCUAAACGAUGAUCGUAUCAAUGAAAUUAAGACAUUGAUGGCUGACUUUGAACUGCCGAAGGAUAACAUUCCUGUUUGGGCUCACGAUAUGCCUGAAGAUCAGUGGAAAACAUUUCUUGAGCGAAAAGUCGAGGACAGGACUAAUGACUAA